UUCCCAGAGCCAGAGACCCUCCCUUGAAUCCGACACUGGGACGACUAGCCCUCUUGCGGCACUUGUUGCAGGUGACAGCGCUCCCCAGUCGCAAGGGGUCUCUGCCCUGCCCUGUCUGUGCUCAGACCUCGAGGCGUUGGCUUCCCUGUCUUCAGCUGGUCAUCCACAGGCAACGCUGGAAGUUCUCCUUGUUCGGUUGCUUUGAAGAAAGAGUACAAGAGAAAGUAGAAUACAUCAUGUCAGAGAUAUUAGACCUCUCUUUUCUGUCUGAGGUGGAAAGGGAUUUGAUCCUUAAUGUUCUACAGCGAGAUGAGGAGCUUCGGAAAGCAGAUGAGAAAAGGAUUAGGCGACUGAAGAAUGAACUACUGGAAAUCAAAAGGAAAGGGGCCAAGAGGGGUAGCCAACACUACAGUGAUCGGACCUGUGCCCGGUGCCAAGAGAGUCUGGGCCGUUUGACUCCCAAGACCAACACUUGUUGGGGUUGUAAUCACCUGGUGUGUCGGGACUGCCGCAUCCAGGAAAGCAAUGGUACCUGGAGGUGCAAGGUGUGCGCCAAAGAAAUAGAGCUGAAGAAAGCAACUGGAGACUGGUUUUAUGACCAGAAAGUGAACCGCUUUGCUUACCGCACAGGCAGUGAGAUAAUCAGGAUGUCACUGCGGCGUAAACCUGCAGCAAAUAAAAGAGAGACAGUGGGACAUUCCCUCCUUCAUCAGACACAGAUGGGUGAUAUCUGGCCAGGAAGAAAGAUUAUUCAGGAGCAACAGCAGGAACCCAGCAUGCCAUUCGAAGUGCCAAAGCAGAAAAGUGGAAAGAGUGUGAUAGAGGCUGAGAGUGAGAGUUUGGAUAGCUACACAGCUGACUCAGACAGCACCUCCAGGAGAGACUCUCUGGAUAAAUCUGGCCUCUUUCCAGAAUGGAAGAAGAUGUCUUCCCCUAAAUCUCAAGUUGAAAAGGAAAUUCAUUCAGGGGGUCAAAAUGUGGUACCUGUUGAUGAGGGUGAAAUGAUAUUCAAGAAGAACACCAGAAAAAUCCUCAGGCCUUCAGAAUGCACUAAAUCUGUGAUAGAUCUGCGCCCAGAAGAUAUGGGGCAUGAAAGUGGCUCCUUGGGAGACAGAAGCAAAUCUGUCCCAGGCCUCAACGUGGAUAUGGUAAAAGAAGAAGAAGAAGAAGAAGACAUUGACCACCUGGUGAAGUUGCAUCGCCAGAAACUAGCCAGAAGCAGCAUGCAAAGUGGAUCCUCCAUGAGUACCAUUGGCAGCAUGAUGAGCAUCUAUAGUGAAGCUGGUGAUUUUGGGAACAUCUUUGUGACUGGCAAGAUUGCCUUUUCCCUUAAGUUUGAGCAGAAGACACAGACUCUGGUCAUCCAUGUGAAGGAGUGCCACCAGCUGGCCUAUGCUGAUGAAGCCAAGAAACGCUCUAACCCAUAUGUAAAGACUUAUCUUCUACCUGAUAAAUCUCGCCAAGGGAAAAGAAAAACUAGCAUCAAACGGGAUACUGUCAAUCCACUGUAUGAUGAAAUCUUCAGGUAUGAGAUUCCAGAAUCUCUCCUGGCCCAAAGAACAUUGCAGUUUUCAGUUUGGCAUCAUGGUCGUUUUGGCAGAAACACUUUCCUUGGAGAGGCGGAGGUUCAGAUGGAUUCCUGGAAGCUUGAUAAGAAAAUGGAUCAUUGUCUCCCUUUACAUGGAAAGAUCAGUGGUGAGUCUUCAACUGGUGUACCAUUACACAAAGGAGAGUUGGUGGUUUCAUUGAAAUACAUCCCAGCCUCCAAACUCCCUGCUGGAGGCAACAGGAAAAAAAAUAAAGGUGGUGAAGGGGGAGAGCUCCAGGUAUGGAUCAAAGAAGCUAAGAAUCUGACAGCUGCCAAAUCAGGAGGGACUUCAGACAGCUUUGUCAAGGGAUACCUCCUUCCUACGAGGAACAAGGCCAGCAAGCGUAAAACUCCAGUGAUGAAGAAGACCCUGAAUCCCCACUACAACCAUACAUUUGUCUACAAUGGUGUGAGGCUGGAAGAUCUACAACACAUGUGCUUGGAACUUACUGUGUGGGACCGGGAGCCCCUGGCCAGCAAUGAUUUCCUGGGAGGGGUCAGACUAGGUGUUGGCACUGGGAUCAGUAAUGGGGAAGUGGUGGACUGGAUGGACUCGACUGGGGAAGAAGUGAACCUGUGGCAGAAGAUGCGACAGUACCCAGGGUCUUGGGCUGAAGGGACUCUGCAACUCCGUUCUUCAAUGGCCAAGCAGAAGCUGGGUUUAUGAGUUCUUGUCAUAUUCUACAGGUCCAGCCCUGGCCAGGGCAAAUCAGAGGAAGUGACAAAACUAAGAGCAAAUAUUUCUAAUUUAAUAUGUGUGUGUGUUGGAUGUGUAUGUACAAGCACGUAUUUCUGCAAAUCUUAUGCUAGCUAGAGUGAUGCAGCCUUGUUCCCCUUUAAAAAGCAGGCUCAAGAAAAAGGGCCUCUUUGAAAUGUUUUUAUUUGUGCACAAUCUAGUAUAUUUCAGAGUCCAUUCUUUCUUCCAUCAUUAUGAGAUUUAAUUAACUUAAAAACCUUUUAAAACAACUUUCUAUUUUCUGUCUUAAUAUUUUUGUUCUUAUUUCUCCAGGGAGCCCUGGCUACCUUUGGCAUUAGUUUUAGUCUGUAGUUUAAGGUGUACCUGAUCUGAGGCUAAGGUUCUAGGAAGCAGUUUUGGGUCGCUAAAGACAGGGCAAUAUGGGAGAGAGGUAAAUAGGUCUUCUCCUUCUCUCUAAUUUAUACUUUUAAUUCAUGUUCUACCUGGAUAAUUUUCUGGAACUUGGCUUUUAACUUGUCUUCUUGUUAAGUAGUUUUCACCUUGCUUGGGUGUAUGGUUUUCUUUGAAAUGAAAAGAAAACUCCCCAGCUCCUUCCAGUUCUAUAUGCCUUUACUAGACCUCUGGGGAAUCCUUAUAAUGGAGUUAGUUUAGAAAAGCACUUUAAUUAGAUAAUGGCCUUUUGACGGAGUCAUGAACAUGCCCAGUGAGACCUUCUGGCUGAUCCCAGAGGACUUGCAUGUCUGAGGGUAAAGUGUUUCACAGCUCAUACUGAUGUCUCAGAAUUUUAAACUGAUAACAGCAGUUAAUUGAGAGAGAACUCACUUCUCUAAUGAAAGAUGAGACAUCUUCACUCAUGUACCACAUCUUCCUCAGUGUUUGUGUCUGAGAUGUGUUGCUUUGCAGAAUAUGGUCCACAUACCUCUGUAUCAGUCAGAAGAGCUAAAGACUAUCUAAAAUGGCACAGUGCUUGCCCAGACUGGGGACUGUUAGUACUCCAAGAUAACGUGGAUAGAGAAUCUCCCAGUUAUUCUGACCUCCUAUCUGAUGUAGUUUCAGCUCCCAUUUUUUCUAUUGUUUCCUCAACUUGACCUACAUGUAACAUGGGUGUGGUAGUGUUGAGGCUUUUUGAAGAGGGUUCUGGUAAAAUAACUUUCACUUUCUUAUACUCUUACAAACUGACCUUUUUAUUCAUAUGAGUUUAUUCCACACAAAUUUGUGUGUAGAAGGAGCCUAUACCAGAAAAAAUCCCUUUCAGUAGAGGCAGUUGCUAGCUGAUGGUCCUAUAAGGCCACUGGAUUGAGGAGGGCAGGUAUGGCAGUUUCUAUUGCAUGUGUGAACUAAACUGAGGAAUGUUUUAAAAGGUUUGUUUGGUGUGGAUUGACACUGUAAUGAAAAGCAUAACUUGAGAUCCUGUGUUGUAACUUGCUCUUUUGUUUCCCACCCUUGAAAUGAAUGUGUGCUUCAAUAAAGCUUUCUGACUUGUCAAA